GGAACGUCUGUGACUGAGAAGGAAAAGGUUUUCACAAGAAGCUUUUCAUAGUCUGUUUGCUUUGGGUGGGUUCCCUUCUUUUAUUUACUGAAUUCCAGAGGUGACCAAUAAACAAACAAAGCCAAAAUGAAGUUCAUCAUCGGCAUUGGAGGAGUGACCAACGGUGGCAAGACCACUUUAACAAAUAGACUACUAAAGACAUUACCCAACUGUUGUGUGGUGCACCAGGAUGACUUUUUCAAGAAACCCGAUCAAAUAGAAGUCGGCGACGACGGCUUUAGACAGUGGGAUGUGAUCAACGCCAUCGACAUGGAGGCUAUGGUUAGCACCGUGAAAGGCUGGCAGGAAAACCCCGUCAAGUUUGCCCUCUCCCACGGCGUCAGCAUGUCACCUGAAUCCACCACAGAGGAGGGGAUCCAUAUCCUCAUUGUGGAGGGGUUCCUCAUCUACAACUACAAGCCUCUAAUUGACAUCUACGACAAAUGUUUCUACAUUUCCAUUCCUUAUGAGGAGUGCAAAAAGAGGAGAAGUACAAGGACAUACACCCUCCCCGACCCCCCCGGCCUGUUCGACGGCCACGUCUGGCCCAUGUACUUGAGACACAGGAAAGAAAUGGAGGACAACUGUGAAAGAAUAGCGUAUCUCGAUGGAAUGACAUCAAAGGACGAUAUCUACAACAAAGUAUAUGAAAGUUUUCAGAACGGCCUGCUGAACAACUUAUAGCAGGACGAGGAUAACAGUGGAGCUGUGUAUAGACUUGUAAAUAUAACUUUGAGCACAUGUGUAACAGCAGUGUGUAGUUCUAGCCUGAUUUGUAAAUAGUUAAUCCUGUUAUUAAGCACCAUGUUUUUAUGGUCUUGUGUAACUUUUUUCUAAAGAUAAUUCACAUCUGGACGGCCCAGUGUUUAACAUCAGGGACGGAUCACAACACUGAUCUGUAUGUGAACCUAUAAAAUACCCACUGGAAGGAAGGA